AAUUCAAUACGAUGUGCAUAUACGGUACAUAUAGCCAAUAUAGCUAUUAAACCCAUGUUCACUGACUGUAAUCUGUGACGCAAGUGGCCGAAUAUGUUUGUGACGUUCCAUGGAAACCACGGUAUUGUUUAAAACUAGAUUCUGAUUGGCUUGCAGGUCAUUCUACAACGUAAAUUAUAAAUGAAAACGUGCUUUUAUAUAAUUGUGACAGAUUCACAAUACCGAGCGUGUCUCAAACCGUACCGCGCUUUUAUCUGCCUAAAGAUAUCUUCACCCACGACUGGAUAGGCUUUUUAGAUACGCUUGUCCAAGGUAAGGAUAUGAGUCAAACUAUAGCCUACUUUUAAUCUUUUAGUUCCGAACUCAAGUUACUCCAGUCAAGUGAUUAAUCGUAAAAGUUAGUUGUUUUGACUGAGCAGUCCAAUGGCCAAUGCUGUUUUUGGACUAUUACACCCUCUGCUAUAUACUAUGAUGAGCCAAUAACAUGCAUAGAUUAUACAUUAGGCAUUGCACAAAUCAGGUCAGAAUAUAAAGUUGCUAUUUCCGUCAACUCAAGUUACUCAAGUCAAGUUACUCAAGACAAGUGAUUAAUCUUAAAAGUUAGUUGUUUUGACUGUCAAAACAAAUAACUGAUGGAUUAUUCCAAAUUAAAUUGGCAAUUAUGCAUCACAAAUUCACAAUAUUACUUGUAUUUCAAUUAUUCAUCCAGGUCCAAGACAUAAAGUCGCCUGAAAGCUGUGUAGCAAUAAUUCCAGCUCCUGAUCCAUAGGAUGGUAAUCACAUACAUGAUUGGCUUAAUCAAGAAUCAUGGAUACCUUUCAUACCUUCUCAUCACAAGUCGGAACUAGUUGUCAACAUUGGGACAGUGCUGCCCAAAAUAACAGGGGCCAAUAUUUUCAUGGAGUGAGCAAGACCUGCCAGCAGAGCUCACUCGAGCAGGGAGACAACCCGUCAUCCUUUAGGCGCCUGACAAAAUCAUCACAGCAGCCGAAGUUGCUGUGCAGAGGGAGGAGAUCGUCCGAGCAUCAGGCCUCAUCCCGUCACAUAGGGAGGGUAUCCUCCAAACAGCCAGUGUCCCUGCACAGAGGGAGGGGAUUCUCUCAGCAGCCAGCAUCAAUGCACAGAGGGAGGAGAUCCUCAUUUCGUCAGGCCUCAUCACUGCACAGAGGGAGGGGAUCCUCCAAACAGCCAGUGUCCCUGCACAGAGGGAGGGGAUUCUCUCAGCAGCCAGCAUCAAUGCACAGAGGGAGGAGAUCCUCAUUUCGUCAGGCCUCAUCACUGCACAGAGGGAGGGGAUCCUCCAAACAGCCAGUGUCCCUGCACAGAGUGAGGGGGUCCUCCAAACAGCCAGUGUCCCUGCACAGAGUGAGGGGAUCCUCCAAACAGCCAGUGUCCCUGCACAGAGUGAGGAGAUCCUCCAAACAGCCAGUGUCCCUGCACAGAGUGAGGAGCACAGAGUGA